ACCCCAAAAAUAAUUCUCCCGUACAUUUUUUAGUUUGCUCGAUCGUUGUCCCGUGCUUUUUGUUUUCCGACUAGCCAAACAGAAAAGGAAAUGGCAUAUCGCUGUUUUUCCUCCGUUUCGCUGGUCUCCAUUCGCAGGCUCUCUGCGACUAACAGUUCCAUGGCAAUGGCGGCGGUGUUCCAUCGCAUAUCAAAAGGACAAAACUGCACCUCCCUCUGUACAAUCACUAAUAGACGCUUCAACUCUAUAUCUUGUCCAAUCAAUACAAAACCGUUCAAAAACCCAAUUCAAGUGAGGUCACUAGCUGCUCUCUCUGAAGCUGCUGCUGGUUUUGAUGAGAUGGUUUCCAGUACCCAGCGUAAGUAUUACAUGCUUGGUGGGAAAGGAGGUGUUGGGAAAACAAGUUGUGCUGCAUCCCUUGCUGUAAAAUUUGCAAACCAUGGGCACCCCACUAUAGUGGUCUCAACUGACCCUGCUCACUCCCUAAGUGAUUCUUUUGCUCAGGAUUUAAGUGGAGGGACACUUGUUCCAGUUGAAGGACUAGAUUCUCCACUAUUUGCUCUUGAGAUAAAUCCUGAGAUAUCUAGGGAAGAAUUCCGCACUGCAAGUCAAAAAAGUGGUGGCAGUGGUGUUAAAGAUUUUAUGGAUAGUAUGGGCCUUGGAAUGCUUGCGGAUCAGUUAGGAGAACUAAAGUUAGGAGAGUUGUUGGACACUCCUCCGCCUGGUAUGGACGAAGCUAUUGCAAUUUCCAAGGUAAUGCAAUUUGUUGAGUCACCUGAAUAUAGUAUGUUUACUCGGAUAGUUUUUGAUACUGCACCAACAGGUCAUACACUCAGGCUUUUGUCCCUGCCAGACUUCUUGGAUGCAUCAAUAGGCAAGAUGAUGAAGUUAAAGAAGAAGCUAGCUUCAGCAACAUCAGCAAUCAAAUCAGUCUUUGGAAAGGAAGAGACACGGCAAGAUGCUUCUGACAAACUGGAGCAACUAAGGGAGAGGAUGGCAAAAGUGCGAGAUCUUUUCCAUAACUCAAACACGACAGAGUUUGUUAUAGUAACAAUUCCAACGGUCAUGGCGGUUAGUGAGUCAACGAGGUUGCUUGCAUCCUUGAAGAAGGAACAUGUUCCAGUUCAGAGACUUGUUGUUAAUCAGGUUCUACCUCCAUCUGCAUCAGAGUGCAAGUUUUGUGAAAUGAAAAGGAAGGAUCAGAUGCGGGGUCUAAAUAUGAUCCAGAACGAUCCAGAACUUUCCCGUUUGAGAUUAAUCCAGGCACCCCUAGUUGAUGUAGAGAUCAGGGGUGUCCCAGCUCUUAAAUUCAUGGGGGAUAUGGUUUGGAGAUGAAGCUUCAAUUUCUGGAGACAGCAUAAUUAGGUAACCAAUCUUCUCUGACAAAACCAUGAUUCUCUCUGUGAACUCCUCAAGUCAUGUUUUGCUAAUGAAAUUUCCGCUUAACUAUUUACAAAUGGAGGGCCUAGUAAGAAGAGGAAAUGAAUACACAUUUUAAAAUUAUGAAAAAAGGGAUUUACGGGUCCCCCCCUUGGGUACUGUUUGCAGAAUGCAAUAGUUUGCUUGACGACCACAAAUCCAUGAGAAUGGAACUCACCUUUUUGCUUUUCACUGUGUGAAUUCCAGGAGUGUAGUUGCCAGUUUUGUAUGAUUUGCUCCCAUGCCCUGGUGCAGUGGAGCUUUUUGUUGAGUUUGGAAUUGUAACAUUAAAAUGAGUCGUUCAAGCUGGUGAAACUGAGGAAUGAAUUAUGUGGGUUGCAGAAUAUGAGAAAACCUGAAGAACUUAAGGUAGGGCAUAUGAAUGAAGUUGCUGUUACACAUGUACGAAUUAUUUGAACUAGCUUAGACUUGGCUUCAUUUCUGAAUCCCUUUUUGGAAUUUUUCUUUCCUGUUCUUCAUUUUUCUCCAACAAUUAAAUGGAGUGUGCUUUAAAUGGAAAUUAGAUCCCAUGGCAAUAGCGUCAUGAGACAUUACUACUGUGAUAAUGAUGUCGGUUUAUUUAAUUUCA